AAACAAUACCUACAUAAUACAUAACCUUGUUCCUAUUUUUCAAUUUUCUUUCCUCUAAAAUGUCUUCAGAUUUUGUUUUUACUGUGAUAUACUUCCUUAUAAGUAUUUGUUUAAUUUAUCCGCCGACAGAAUUUAUAACUGCAGGUGUCACUAUACCAAAUAUUUUUAGUUUUCUUUUAGGAAAUGAGCAUGAAGGUUUUAUAGGAUAUCACAUAAACAAGACUUGUUUGUAUCUUAUUUUUUAUUCCGUUUUACCGAUAGGAUAUUUAAUAUUAUCUUUUUUCCUUGGAUUUAACAAUGUCAUUACUGACUUAUCUCUUUCGAUACCACUUUUGCCAAGCUGUUUUUUUACAUUUGCAGUGAUUCUUCCGAUUAUUAGCGUUUUCGAAGCAUGGAAGUGGACAACGGACCGUUAUGAAAAACACCCCAUAGUUAUUAAUCUGACCAAAUUCUGCAAUAAUAACGUAAAUUGGAGGUCGGUGGCUAGCAACAUCGAUAUGGAAUUUCGCAGCAUUGAAAAAAUUCGUUUGCAAACCAGUGCCGUAGUAACUGUCAUCGUCACUGAAAAUUGGAUCAUUAAGGUGUCGCCUUUAACAAUGAAUGUAGUCCAUCAAAGUGACGCAUCUCUAGUAGUAAAAGAAGCAGAUACUUUUGAGUUGUCACCAGACAAUACAACUGUUCAGUACCUAAACAUAGAAGUAAAAUCUGAGAGACAAGGAGUAGAUCCGUUUAUAAUUAGGAUAAACGCGACAGAUUUUAGAGAUCUUAAAGAUAAAGUAGCCAGGACGAUAAGAAUUUUACCUAACGUUAAGUUUCAUCAAACGGUAGUAGAAAAAUUUGUAGAUGUAUUUAAUGAGACUAUUAAGAUGAAUCCCAAGUAUGAAACAAAUGAGAUUUCAGAGCAAUGCAAUGGAUGUAUGCAAGCUCAACCAAACGUCAAACUUCAAAAACUUUGCGAGGAUUCACCAAACGUCGAAAACAAAUGCACAAACUGUUACUGCAGGCCGAUGUGGUGCAGCGACUGUAUGGCAAAAUGGUUUGCCUCUCGACAAGAAGCUGAUAGAGUCAACACUUGGCUUUCUUCCAAAUGUACCUGUCCUAUGUGUAGAGCUACUUUUUGUAUGCUAGAUGUGUGUCCCUUGUCAGGAGUUCAAGAUGAAUGAUUGUUUUAGAAGCUUUUAAAUGAAGUGUGCAAUAAUAAUUUUUUAAGUACUUAUUCGAUUAAAAUAUAUUUCUCUAUUUUUA